AUGUCGCUCUACCACGAGGCUGCCGACAUCCUGUCCACAUCGUGCCAAGAAGGAGGGAGCCUUAAAUCGAGGGUUUUUGGCCGCAAGACGGUCAAAUCUCCUCCGAAUCAGCUAUACGCUCUAGUUUGCGAAACCUGCAAAUGGAGCGCCAUACUCAAAGAGGUGGUUGAGGGAGCUGAUUUACUACGACAUGAGCGCAAGCUCACACCAGCACUGGCAUUGCUCCUCGUCCAUGACUUGCUACUCGCCAAGGGAGGGAUUGCGCUACCCCAGAGUCACGGGCUCAGAACCAGCAUUGACAGACACAAGGGACGCCUCAGCUCCGAGUUCACGCGGGCCAGGGUACGGCGCAAAGCGCCUUCUGUGGAAGCCCUCAGGGCCAAGGUUGAGCUGGACGCAGCGGGCGAGGAGGCAAAACACCCUCGAUGGGUGCGUGUCAACGCCCUGAAAGGCACCCUUGAGGAGCAGCUGGGGACGACGUUUCGUUCCCACACGACGGUCGGCACCAUCCAAGAGGUCGUUUCAAAACAAGGGGGAAACAUGCUCUUCCUGGACGCUCAUGUGCCCAACCUGCUGGCCGUCUCACCGGGAUGCGACCUGAGCAAGACGGAGGCUUACAAGAGUGGGAAAAUUAUCCUGCAGGACAAGGCGUCGUGCUUUCCCGCCUACUUGCUAGACCCCCGGCCCGAGGACGGGGAUGUCGUCGACGCAUGCGCUGCCCCAGGCAACAAGACUACACAUCUGGCCGGCAUCAUCCACGGCCACACCCGGGAGUUUGCACCGGCACGGCAAACGAUAUUCGCCUUUGAAAAGGACUCCAGAAGAGCGCAAACGCUGGAGAAAAUGGUCAAGACGGCGGGUUCCGAGCACAUGACUCGUAUCGGGCGUGGUCAGGACUUCCUGCAGGUCGAUCCGACGUCGGAGCGAUACAGGAACGUAGGCGCUUUGCUUCUCGACCCAAGCUGCUCGGGAAGCGGCAUCAUCGGCCGGGACUCCAUGCCUGCGCUCCACCUGCCAAGCCAGCCGGUGUCGCAGAGUCACGGGGGGGUGGCCGCCGCGCCGAGCAGGAGGAAGCGGAAACUCGCUCAGGUCGCGGGCGAGCCCGAGGAGCGCGUCAUUCGCGACGACGAUGGAAACGAAACCGUGGUCGGGUCGGAACGGGACCUCGCGGAGCGCCUGGAAGCGCUGUCGUCGUUUCAGCUCACCCUGCUGCUUCACGCCUUUCGAUUCCCGCGGGCGAGAAAGGUGACGUAUUCGACCUGCUCGGUCCACUCGCAAGAGAACGAGCACGUCGUCGUGGCGGCCCUGCGGUCCGAUGUCGCCAGGGAGAGGGGGUGGCGCAUCAUGCGAAGGGACGAGCAGGUUGGCGGCAUGAGGUCCUGGCCGGUGAGGGGACUGGCCGAGGCCUGCGGGGGGGACGAGGUGGCAGCCGAAGGGUGCAUCCGCUGCAACAAGGACGACGGGCACGGCGUCAUGGGAUUCUUUGUGGCGGGCUUUGUUCGCGAGGCUGCCGAGGGGGGCGGAGCGGACGGGCCGUCCGUGCGAGACGAGAGCGGCGCCAUUGCGCGAGACGUGCUGGAAAAGCCGGCGUCGACGACGACCGGUGCAGCAGUGCGUCUGGCGGGUGGGGGUGACGAAGAUGCGACGGGAGGCAACCGGGGGGGAGGGGAAGAAGGGUUGCAAGACGGCGAGCAAGACGGCGAGCAAGACGGCGAUGAGCAGAGCGAGUGGGGAGGGCUCGAUGAUUAG